AUGUCGGGCGGGACUGAGGUGACAGGCAGGGAGGGCAAGGAUGUUGGCUUCCAGAGUGUUCAGCCUGGUCGGGAGGAGAUCCAUCUCCACCUCCCUGUGCCUCAGGGCACAUGGACACGGGGAUUUGAUACUUUUUUUUCCCCAGUGUAUCGGAUAAAAUUCAACGAGACCUACGCAGAGAUGAAAAAAGGGACAAACGAGUGGAAAACCAUCCUGGGGGGAGUUCUGUUCUUCCUUGGUCUCACUGGACUCGUCCUCAUCUGGCAGAAGCACUUCAUGUACGGCCCUGUCCCGCACACCUUCUCCGACGAGUGGCUGUCAGCUCAGACCAAGAGGAUGUUGGACAUGAGGGUUAACCCCGUGCAGGGCAUCACAGCCCAGUGGGAUUUUGACAAGAACGAAUGGAAGAAAUAAAGCAACUCAGUGGAACCUGCUCUGCUUGAAUAUGAAAUGAUUCCAUCACCCGUGUGUGACCUCGUUGCUUGUUGUACUGGAACACCCUCUGCACCUCCAGAAAUGCUAAUAAAUGUCUGGUUAACUUGA